GUGAAAAUCCGAGUUACCUAUUGACAGUUGUCAAUUAAUAAUUUCAUAUUGUAUUUUUCAAUCAUUUUGAAAUAUAUUAUCAGCUUCAAUAAGAUAGUUUCCAUACCUGAAUAUAUGAAAAAGGCAUCAUAAAUUGGUGAUAUGAUUUAUUGCCAAGUUCAUAGUAAUAAUAGUUACAAAUGGAAACCUGGAAGAAUCACCGACAAGAUCGGGAAUGUCAUGUAUGAAAUAUCACUUGAAAAUUCCCAGAGAAUUUUGAGAGUACAUGCAAAUCAGUUGAAGAAAAGAUAUGUUAAGUGUUCUGGUAACGAGAAUGACAUUCUGCCCCUCGAAAUUCUGAUGGAAUCCUUUGAGAUAUCUAGGAACCAGGGAAAAAAUGUGGCCACGACUUCAUCAGCCGAAUCAAGGGAACUACUUCAACCCGAGCCUAUCCUUGAAGUUAUCCCAGACCGCGUUGUACAAAAUAGUCAACAAGAAAUGGACAUAUCUGCAAAGCCUCGAUGUGAAGUUAGACCAACUAGAACUAAACGAAUUCCUCGUUACCUGAAAGAUUUUGAACUCAGAAAGGGAGAUGUUGGGAACGAGUGAAAAUCCGAGUUACCUAUUGACAGUUGUCAAUUAAUAAUUUCAUAUUGUAUUUUUCAAUCAUUUUGAAAUAUAUUAUCAGCUUCAAUAAGAUAGUUUCCAUACCUGAAUAUAUG